GGGAGGGUGCAGGGAGCAGGACGCGGGCGAGCAGCGGCGGGACGCGGGAUGCUCGGCCAGCCUCGCCGUGCCCGCUGAGGCUCCCCACUCGUUUCCCCCGUGCCAGCCAGACCCGACCAGAGGUGCUUUUGGGGAAAAAAAAAACAAACCACAAUUUUGCUGUGAGAAAGGACAUGAGGAGACUAAAGGCCUGGGAUUUUACCGAUCAGAAUGAAACCAAUGUUGAAAGACUUUUCAAAUCUCUUGCUGGUGGUGCUGUGUGACUAUGUCCUCGGAGAAGCCGAGUACCUCCUCUUGCGAGAGCCGGUCCACGUGGCCCUGAGCGACAGAACGGUAUCUGUGGAUUUCCACUCCCUCGGUGACGCUAAUGGGACACUGAGGAACGUGUCUGUCAUGCUGUGGGAGGCCAACACCAAUCAGACUCUCACCACGAAGUACCUCCUGACCAACCAGUCCCAGGGGACUCUCCAGUUCGAGUGCUUCUUCUUCCAGGGGGCCGGUGACUACUGGUUUGUAAUGACUCCGGAAGCGACGGACAAUGGCACGCAAGUUCCCGGCUGGGAGAAAAGUGUCUUUCUGAAGGUGGAAUGGCCCAUCUUUCACAUUGAUUUGAAUCGGACAGCCAUGUCUGCAGAAGGCACCUUCCAGGUGGGCCUUUUUACCACUCAACCACUCUGCCUGUUUCCAGGGAACAAGCCUGACAUGCUGGUGGACGUGGUUUUUACCGACAGUCUUUCUGAGGCAAGAACAACGGGGCAGCCACUGGAAAUCAGAGCCACCAAAAGGACAGAACUCACUCAAGUUCAAUGGGUUGAAUUUGGCUGUGCACCCGUAGGGGUGGAAGCCUACGUCACUGUGACGCUGAAGCUUUGGGGUCAAGACUCAGUCAUCACAUCUGUAGGACCUAUUGACCUGGCCCAGAAAUUCGGAUACACAUUGGCAAUAGCACCGGAAGUCACAUGUGAGUCUGUGGUGGAGGUGACGGUCCUGCCUCCUCCUUGUGUCUUUGUCCAAGGAGUGCUUGCUGUUUACAAAGAGGCCCCCAGACACCCAGGGGAGAGGACUUCGCAGCUGGCUGAAAACAGCCUGUCCCUGGGAGAGAAGAGCACAGUGUUUAACUGCACUUUGUUUGAUGUGGGGAAGAACAAGUACUGCUUUAAUUUUGGAAUUUCAAGGAAAAGCCAUUUUUCUGCAAAGGAGUGCAUGCUAAUUCAGAGAAAUAUAGAGUCUUGGGGACCAUGGCAGCCGUGGAGUCAUUGUAGCAACACGUGCGGGGAGGCUGUCCGAGAACGGCGCCGCGCGUGUCUCGCUUCUUUCCCCUCCAGACCCAGCUGCUCUGGAGUCUCCUGGGAGACCUCUUCCUGCUCCCUGGAGGAGUGUGCUGUAUUCCGGCCGCCGGGCCCAUCGUCUGUUCCACCCCAGGGUCCGGUGAAGUCCAACAACGUCGUGACGGUCACAGGGAUAUCCCUAUGCCUGUUCAUCAUCAUUGCCACCGUGCUUAUCACUCUCUGGAGGAGGUUCGGCAGAGCCCCCAAAUGCAGCACCCCUGCCCGACACAACUCCAUCCAUACCCCUGGUUUCCGGAAGAACUCGGAUGAGGAGAACAUCUGCGAGCUGAGCGAGCCUCGGGGAAGCUUCUCAGAUGCAGGUGAUGGACCCAGGGGAAGCCCUGGGGACACAGGCAUCCCUUUGACUUACAGGUGCAGCGCACCAGCGGCUCCUGACGACGAGGCCUCCGGCAGUGAGAGCUUCCAGUCCAACGCCCAGAAGAUCAUCCCGCCCCUGUUCAGCUACCGCCUGGCCCAGCAACAGUUGAAGGAGAUGAAGAAGAAAGGGCUGACAGAGACCACCAAAGUGUACCACGUGUCUCAGAGUCCCCUGACAGACACCGUUGUGGAUGCCACUGCCAGUCCUCCCUUAGACCUGGAAUGCCCCGAAGAAGCAGCAGCAGCGAGCAAGUUCAGAAUCAAGUCUCCAUUUCUGGACCAGCCUGUGGCAGGCUCCGGGGACAGGCCCCCCUCCAGGCUGGAUGGCGUCGUGCCUCCGCCCAGCUGUGCGGUCAGUCCCAGCCAGACCCUGAUCCGCAAGUCGCAGAUGAGGUCAACUGUGGGGAGAGAGGGCUCAUCUGAGAGGUGCCACUCCAGAAGUUCCCUCUUCAGGAGGACCGCUAGUUUUCAUGAAACCAAGCAGUCCCGCCCGUUCCGGGAGAGGAGCUUGUCUGCGCUGACUCCUCGCCAGGUCCCUGCCUACAGUUCCAGGAUGCGGACCUGGGACCAGAUAGAGGAUAGGUCCAGGCCUCCUAGUCGAAGUGCCCACCUGCUUCCAGAGAGAUCAGAGCACUUCCAAGGGGCAGGUCGGGCCAGUAGUCCCUUGGGCCCUCUCUCCAAAUGCUACACUGUGGGGCAUCCCAGGAGGAAACCGGACUCGGGGGAUCGCCAGGCAGGGUUGGUAGCGGGAGCUGAGAAAAUUGAGCCUCACCGAGCUCACAGGGGACCGUCCCCCAGUCACAGGAGUGUUUCACGGAAGCAGCCUUCACCCAUUUUCCCCAAAGAUAGCUACCAGAAAGUCAGCCAGCUCAGCCCUUCUCACUGCAGAAAAGAUAAAUGUCAGAGCUUUCCCAUCCACCCAGAGUUCGCUUUCUACGACAACACGUCUUUCCGCCUCACUGAGGCUGAGCAGAGAAUGCUGGACCUCCCGGGAUACUUCGGCUCCAACGAAGAGGAUGAAACCACACUUAGUGUGGAGAAGUUGGUCAUCUAGGCUGAGAAGCUGCAGGACCCACCCACUGCUGCUCACAUACCUUCUGUUAACUAUAUUGUAUAACUGUGGGAAUUGGUUCAAAACCCAGAGGGGUGCGUGUGUGCGCGUGCGUGCGAGCGAGAGAGAGAGAGAGAGAGAGAGAGAGAGAGAGAGAGAGAGAGAGAGAGAGAGAAAAGCGCACUCACUGAAAAGUUAUUUAUCCUGAAUGUUUAUCCUGGGCGUUUCUUUUUGUUAUCCCUUUUCUGUCGGCUUAUUACUACUAAUAAAAUUCAAGUGAGGCAAAUGUAUGAUGAUUUUGAAUACUACACUGGAUGUUUCCAACUUUGGAAUCUGGAAGCUUUUCCCAAAGGGGAGGAGCCAUCGGCUGCUUGCCUCCGUGUGCAGAGCUAUUAUAGGCGCGACCUUGUAUCUUGCUUUGUUGUGCAGUAAGGACUAAACAAAGAGCCUAAAAAUGGGGCUAUUUCUUUUGAAGGUUGUCACCAAGGUACCCAGUGGCAUAAAUCCUUGCAGCCCAGUGGCCUAAUGACUAUUCAGGAUCCGCUCAAAUAGCCACUUUUUCUUCUUUUUCUUAGUGACCUCGUGCUGCCACGCCCAUCCUGCCUUUAGAUUGUUUUCCUUCUUUCCGUGUAUCAGGAUGUCGGCCUGCUGGUGAGGGUUCAGACGGGGAAGUCGCGGAUGUAAACACGGUAGUUUCAAACGUUAAUUUUUGUUGAGCUGCCGCUUGUGCCGUUUUUAUUGAACAUUAAAAUGUGCUUCCUUUGGGACGGCUUUAGUGAUGACUAUCUGCUCUGCAGGAACAGGCGGGGUAGACUGUCCAGGCUGUCUGACAACCGCUGUGCACGGAUGAAGGAAGAGGCAGGCCGGGUACUCUCCGGUGCCUUUAUUUAUCGUACCAGAGCUUUGUUCUUGAUCCAAGCUCGCAGGUCUGUGUGCCAACCUUUGACACACAGGGCACAUGCUCACUCGCUUGUCCCAGAGCUCCCAGGGGAUUGUCCAGCGGUAUCAGACUGAGACCAAAACAGCUUUGGAGAAAUGGAGAUUCAAGAGGAGCACUGUGGGCUGAAAGGCUUUCUGUUCAGCAAUGUUUACCAUCGGCCUAGUUUUCUGGGGCUCUCCCCAGCGGUGAACCCUGGCCUCCGAGAGAAAAGAUGUUUCAUGCAGUCUUCAGCGUUGUAGAUUUCAGUAGAAAGGUUUUCUGUUUCUAACCACGGUGUCUCCAUGUACUAGCCCCCGUGGCUGCUGUAGAUUAGGGGCUCGAGAAAGGUAAAUGGCCAGCUAGGGAAAUGCCUUAAAAAUCAUUUGUAGUUGAAUUAGAAUGAUUCUUUGUAAUACGUCACGCUGUAAAUCAUAGAAAGGAAAUAUGUUCAGGAGAGAUUAUGAGAUUUCCAUUUAUAGAGGUCUCCACAAAUGGAAGUAUUUUUUUAAUUUUUAUUUUUUGGUGUUAUUGACUUGUGUGUUUCCAACCAUCCUCUGAACUCUUAGUGAGGCUUAGACAACAUUUUGCUAGUUCUGUGUCUCAGAUUCUCUCCAGCAAUUGUGACUCCAGCAAUCUUGAUAAGCAUUACACAUUUUAUAUAUUAUUGUCUGUGUCCCAAGCAGUCCUAACUGUCUGUGAUGUGUCUGCUCACUUA